UUGAGAAAGAAAAAAGAAAUAAAUGAGCCUCUCCUCUCUCUAUAAAUUAACAAAAGUGUAGAAGUGGAGGGAAGAAUUUCCCGCCAUUUCCGUCUUUGCUAAAGUUGUUCUUCCUCCUGCAAAAGAGAAGAAAAGAAAACCCUAACCCUAGGCCAGCCAGCGACCCCCAUGGAGGAGCAAAUCAAAGCUGAAUUCCUGAAAAAUGGCUUCGCUCUCGAUGAUGAAGCAGAAAUUCUUAACAAAUGUCUUACAUUCUGUAUACAAUACAACCUAAGCCCUUCCGAUCUCGUUUCUAGCUGGGACGUUUACUCGCUCAACAGGGGGCUGGAAUUGAUGGUGCAGAGUUCACAUAUGGGUGCAUUUCUACAACAAUUACAGAAUGAACGGAGAGAGGACAUUGUUAAAAAGGAACCUGGUUUACAUUUCUACUCCAGUGAUAUUUCUAUGAUAUUGAAUGAUGAAUACGAGGAUACCAAGGAAAUCAUUCUAGGUACCCCAACAGAUAAACGAAAGUCAUCACAGGCAGAAACAACUGCUUCAGCACAAAAAACUAAUGGGAGCAUUUCCACCUCCAGAAAGCAUCUAGAAACAAUUACACCCUUCGGACAAAGAAGGAACAAGUUUGUGGUGCAGUUUUCUCUCAAUGAGAAGGCCAAUGGAGAAAGUAUGAAUAUAGAACAUGAUCAGGAGAACCCCAAUGAUGACAUCAUAAAGAGAGUCCAACCAAGCAAAAGAUGUUCUUUGCAAAUCAUUAGCUCUCAACCUGAGCCAGGGUGCAAGUUCAUGUAUGACAGGAUGGAAAAUAAGUUUAAUUUUCUUGAAAGCCGAAUAAAAGAUCAUGCAACAGCACUUGUAGCCUCUGGAUUGCAUGAGGAACCAACUGAUCCUACUGUUGCUUCACAGAGAUCUGUAUUUGCUGUUGGGAUGAUUUGUUGUGAGGAAGAAGGGCGUUUGAAGGAAAAGCCUAUUUUACUGCAAAGCAGCGUUGAGCAUUCUGGAGGUCAGCGUGUGCGCCUUGACUUGCAAAACUUGAACCACUUCUCUAUUUUCCCUGGCCAGGUGGUUGGUGUUGAAGGGCAUAACCCAAGUGGCCACUGUCUAAUUGCAUCAAAAAUUGUUGAUCACAUUCCUUUGUCGGUUUCUUCCAUGGAAAAUCCCGCACCUUCUAAGAAGCAAGCAAUGGAUCAAGAUCUUCAGUCAACCAACGCCUCAUGUGCUAUGCCAGAGCUGUCAUUGAUUAUAGCUGCAGGUCCUUUUACAACUGUUGAUAACUUAUUCUUCGAACCUCUUACCGAGCUUCUAUCAUAUGCACGUCGCAAGCAGCCUCAAUUGAUCAUACUGCUAGGGCCAUUUAUAGAUUCGGAUCAUCCCGAGAUCAAGAAAGGAACCGUGAAUAGGGCAUUUGAUGAAAUCUUUCAGGAUGAAAUUCUUGCGAGGUUGAGAGAUUAUGGAGAAUAUAUGGGUUCUGCUGCUCGGGUGAUUCUUGUUCCAUCUGUUCGAGAUGCUAACCAUGACUUUGUUUACCCUCAGCCAGCCUUCGACAUUCACUCACCCGAUCUAGAAUAUCAGAUUAAUAGCAUUACAAAUCCUGGAGUAUUCUGUGCAAAUGAGGUGAAAGUGGCUUGCUGUACAGUGGAUGUUCUUAAACAGCUUAGUGCGGAGGAGAUUUCACGAAAUCCACAAGGGGGAUCAAAGCAACGAAUGACAACUCUCGCAAACCAUAUAUUAAACCAGCGCAGCUUCUAUCCUCUAUAUCCACCAGCUGAAGGCAUACCCAUUGAUUAUUCUCUUGCUCCAGAAGCUCUUCAGAUGUCAACUGUCCCAGAUAUACUCAUCUUACCCUCGGACUUGGCUCAUUUUGUUAGGGUGAUCUCCCUUGGAGAAAGAAGUGAAGGGGAAGAAGUAAAGUGCAUUUGUGUGAAUCCUGGACGACUUUCAAGGGGAGAAGGAGGAGGUUUCUUUGUGGAGCUUAAUUACCACGGAAGCUGUGAUUUGUCAAGUGCUUCAGUUAUUCGUAUAUAGAACUAAGACUUGGAAUCUUCUUGCACUCCAUAAUUUAGCAGCCAGAAACUCAUGAACUAAAUCACCACGACUAUGAAGAACUUGGGCACACUGCACUCUUGAAGGCUUCUCAUGGAUACUAACACAAGAAACAAGUGUGCUGUAGCUGAAUCUAUUCCGUUGGUGAUGUUCAGCUGCCAUUAUUCAGAAGCAAGUGUCUAGAUAUUAAGGAAGUCGUUAUAGCUGGUCAGAGUCUUACGCAACCUUACAAGUUCAGCUGCUGUCUGAGGUCAAUAUUUAGGAAGUUAAAUUUUCUGUCUGGCUCAUUAUAGCAUCUCAGCUACUCGGAGAAGUUCUGCUACCUUGUCCGUGGGGGUUAGAGAAAAUAUAACAUAAAACUACUGUCACUGUCUGUUAGUUGUAGGUAAUUAUCUUCUGGCGGGAUCCUUUUCUGUAUGAUGAAAUACAAAUUCGCUAAGGUUGUCUGCUAUGAGAUGCAGGAGAGAGGGAGCUUAACUCGUUUGAGUUCAAGUGGUCAGCCAGCCCCAUAUGAGAUUCCUUUUUGCAAUGAGUCAAUUACUGCGUAUAAGAAAGAUUUUAAGUGUUUGUUUGAAUUUUUCCAA